AUGUCCAGCAACCUGCGGCAGCCCAAUGGCGGCAGUAUACCGGGAAAUGACCCGUUUGCCGACAGAAACAACCUUAUUGAUUUGGAUCUCGAGUCCAUGGACCCUCCUGGCCAGAACUACCCUUCCUACAACAACGACCCAGAUUCCACCUACAGAGGCAACACGGGGUACCUGGAGAACCCCUUUGACGAUAAUUUUGUGCUUCUGGACGAAGAGGAUUCCUACUAUCACCACGAUACCUCCAGUGCUCAGGGAUCCGGCUCGGGAACGCGGCAGGUGCCGCUUUUAGGCACAGAUAACGCUCCAGCUCUGCCCAAGAAGGGCUUCUUUCUGGCGUUCAAAUCGAAGGUCGAAAACCCCCAUUCGGCGCUGUACCAGGGCAUGUCGGACGACAUGUACGGUGAACGAAUCAACGAUGCCAGCGCUGGCGGAACGCUGUCUGACUUUGACAUCCGCAGACUCUACGGCAAAUUGAAACUGAAGAUCAGGGGCAAACCCGAAGACGCUCCUGUGGCCAAGGGACCCCGCCAAAUCUACGUGCUCAGCGCCUCCAUGAACCUGGCCUUCAAGUACUAUGGCAACCACAUCUCCACAACCAAGUACAACUUCGCUACCUUCAUUCCCAAGUUCUUGUUCGAGCAGUUCUCCAAGUACGCCAACUUGUUCUUCUUGUUCACCUCCAUCAUCCAGCAAGUUCCUAAUGUGACCCCUACCAACAGAUACACCACGAUCGGCACGCUUUCCGUGGUUUUGCUUGUCUCCGCCGUGAAGGAGAUCAUGGAAGACUUGAAGCGUGCGGGUGCCGAUAAGGAGCUAAAUAAUACCCGUGUGCUUGUGCUUAAUCCGGAUACGGGCAUGUUUGAGGAGAAAAAGUGGGUCAAGGUGAAGGUGGGUGAUGUGGUGAGAGUGAACAACGAAGAACCAUUCCCCGCCGAUUUGCUUCUUCUAAGUUCCUCCGAGCCCGAGGGUUUGUGCUACAUUGAAACUGCCAACUUGGACGGUGAAACUAACUUGAAAAUCAAGCAGGCUAAGCCAGAGACAUCCUACUUGGUCAACCCUAACUCCCUAGUCACAGACUUGUCGAGGUCUGAAAUCUUGUCGGAACAACCAAACUCGUCCCUUUACACUUACGAAGGGACUCUUCAAGGUUUUGGCAACAACGGCAAAAUUCCAUUUUCCCCUGAUCAACUACUCCUCCGUGGUGCCACUUUGAGAAACACUCAGUGGGUCCAUGGUGUUGUUGUCUUCACCGGCCACGAAACAAAGCUUAUGCGCAAUGCCACCGCCACCCCUAUCAAAAGAACCGACGUGGAGAGAAUCAUCAACCUCCAAAUUAUUGCAUUGUUCUGUAUUCUUAUAAUAUUGGCAUUGGUUUCGUCUAUUGGAAAUGUCGCCAAGAUCCAAGUAAGCAAGAAUGACCUUGGCUACUUGUACUUGGAAGGCACUAAUAUGGCUGGUCUCUUUUUCAAAGAUAUAUUGACCUACUGGAUUUUGUUCUCCAACUUGGUUCCAAUCUCGCUUUUUGUGACCGUGGAAAUUAUCAAAUACUACCAGGCAUAUAUGAUCGGCAGCGAUCUAGAUAUGUACUACCCCGAUACCGAUACCCCUACUGGUGUGAGAACCUCAUCUUUGGUUGAAGAGUUGGGCCAAAUCGAGUACAUUUUUUCUGACAAGACAGGAACACUCACGAGAAACGUCAUGGAGUUCAAGUCUUGUAGUAUUGGAGGAAAAUGUUACACCGAGGAGAUUCCCGAAGAUGGUCAAGCUCAAGAAGUUGACGGUAUCGAAAUUGGCUACUAUACUUUUGGUGACAUGGAGGCUCAUUUGAAGGAUUCUCAGCAACAGCAAUCGGCUAUAAUCAACGAAUUCUUUGUUUUGCUUUCUACAUGUCAUACUGUUAUUCCAGAACACAAGGAGGAUGGUGGUAUCAAAUACCAAGCUGCCUCUCCUGACGAGGGUGCGUUAGUGCAAGGUGCUGCCGACUUGGGCUACAAAUUCACUAUUCGUCGUCCCAAGAGUGUCACAAUUCACACUGGCUUGACUGAUGCAGACUCUGAGUAUGAACUUUUGAACAUUUGUGAGUUCAACUCUACAAGAAAGAGAAUGUCUGCGAUUUUCAGAUGUCCCGAUGGCGUCAUUCGUUUAUUCUGUAAAGGUGCCGACACUGUGAUUUUGGAGCGGUUGGACAGAGAUGAACCCCAGCCAUUCGAGGCGGCCACAAUUCGUCACUUGGAAGACUUUGCUUCUGAAGGUUUGCGUACGUUGUGUAUUGCUUCAAGAAUCAUUUCUGAUGAGGAAUACGAGAACUGGGCCACCAAGCAAUAUGAAGCAUCGACUGCUUUGGACGACAGAAGUGAGAAACUCGACCAAGUUGCCGAGAUAAUUGAAAAAGACAUGUUUCUUCUUGGUGCCACAGCUAUCGAAGAUAAGCUUCAAGAUGGUGUACCAGAGACUAUUCACACUUUACAAAACGCAGGUAUCAAGGUUUGGGUCCUUACGGGAGAUAGACAGGAAACUGCCAUCAACAUUGGUAUGUCUUGUAAAUUGCUCAGUGAGGAUAUGAACCUUUUGAUCAUCAACGAAGAUAAUAAAACUGACACCAAGUUGAACUUGCAAGAGAAGAUGGAUGCUAUCAUGGAGCAUCAGCCAGAUAUGGAUGCCAGUACCUUCGAUUCAUCGUUGGCCUUGAUCAUCGAUGGUCAUUCUCUUGGUUACGCUCUUGAGCCUGAGUUAGAGGACAUCUUUUUGGCAUUGGCAACACGUUGUAAAGCUGUUAUUUGUUGCCGUGUGUCUCCAUUGCAAAAAGCUUUGGUCGUGAAGAUGGUCAAGAGAAAGAAGAAGAGAUCAUUGUUACUUGCCAUUGGUGAUGGUGCUAACGAUGUUUCCAUGAUUCAAGCUGCGCACGUUGGUGUUGGUAUCAACGGUCUUGAAGGUAUGCAAGCUGCACGAAGCGCAGAUGUGUCUAUCGGUCAAUUCAAGUACUUGAAGAAGCUUCUUUUGGUCCAUGGCGCUUGGUCGUACCAAAGAAUCUCCCAUGCCAUCUUGUAUUCUUUUUACAAGAAUAUUGCCCUUUACAUGACACAGUUUUGGUUCGUGUUUGCCAACGGCUUCUCCGGUCAGUCUCUUAUUGAAUCCUGGACAUUGACACUUUACAAUGUCUUGUUUACUGUGUUCCCACCAUUUGUGAUGGGUGUGUUUGACCAAUUCGUCAGCGCUCGUUUACUUGAUAGAUACCCACAGUUGUACCAGCUUGGUCAGCAAAGAAAGUUCUUCAACGUCACCAUUUUCUGGGGUUGGAUUAUUAAUGGUUUCUACCACUCUGCUGUGACAUUCGUUUGCUUGAUGUGCCUCAACAAGUUUUCCAGCUAUCUUCCUGGUGGAGGCGUGCCAAACCAAUGGGCUUGGGGUACCUUGAUUUACACUACUUGUACCCUUGUGGCAUUGGGCAAAGCAGCACUCGUCGUCACGCUUUGGACGAAGUUUACGCUUCUUGCAAUUCCAGGUUCCUUCAUUUUCUGGUUGCUCUGGUUCCCUGCCUACGCUACUAUUGCACCCAGAAUCAAUGUUUCCAGAGAAUACUUUGGUGUUUUGGGCCACACCUACCCAAGUUUGAGUUUUUGGGCAGCUGUGUUUGGCGUUGCGUGUCUCUGUUUGCUUCGUGAUUUUGCUUGGAAAUUCUUCAAGAGAAGCUACAGCCCUGAGAGUUACCAUUACGUCCAGGAGAUUCAGAAGUACAAUAUUCAAGAUUACAGACCAAGAAUGGAGCAGUUUGAAAAGGCCAUCAGAAAGGUGAGACAGGUGCAGAGAAUGAAGAAGCAAAGAGGAUUUGCUUUCUCUCAGCAAGACAACCAGAACUUGGAGAAGGUGGUUAGAUUGUACGAUACCACGAAAAAGAGAGGCGCUUUUGGCGAGCUUAGCGAGAGCUGA